AUGGUUUUAUCUUAUCAUAAUGGUGUUUGUUUGGAGGAGAAAGUGUCGUGUGAAAUCAGAGAGUGGCCUUCAAUGAUGUGGAAGAAGUGGAUUGUGCAAGCAACAGCGGCAGUACUUACGGCACGAAGUCCAUAUCUGGUCCGUGCAGCUGCCUUCGUGUUAGUCAUCACUAUUUUUACUAGUGGUGGCGCCUAUGGCGCAGACCUGGUGAUCGAGAUCCCGGCGUCGGGCGCGGGCGCGGACGCGGCGGGCGCACGCUACCGGCUGGACUACUCGCCGCCGCACGGCUCGCCCGCGCCCAACUUCACCGUGCCCGCGCGCGCCUCCACCAUCAACUUCCAGGGCCUGCCCGGCACCAAGUACCACUUCAUGCUCUACUACUCCAACGCCACCUUCGCUGACCUGCUCACUUGGAACCAGACCAUCGUCACCGCACCGGAGCCACCAACGAAUCUGAACGUGACGCAGGGUCGCAACAAGAAGACAAUCAUCACUUGGUCCCCGCCCGCGCACGGAGACUACACCGGCUUUCGGUUUAAGGUGAUCCCGCUGACUGAGGCCCGUGAGGGCGCUCGCAAUAUCACGGUGGAAGGGGGCAACGGCAGCUACGUGGUGCGAGACCUGGCCCCAGGUGCCACCUACCAGCUGCACGCCUUUACGCUGCUACACGACAAGGAGAGCGCCGCGUACGCCUCGCGCAACUUCACCGUCCGUCCGAACACGCCGGGCAAGUUCAUCGUGUGGUUCCGCAAUGAGACCACGCUGCUGGUGCUGUGGCAGCCUCCAUACCCACCUGGAGCCUACACGCACUACAAGGUGUCGAUUGAGCCACGGGACGCGCGGGACUCCGAGCUGUAUGUAGAGAAAGAAGGCGAGCCUCCCGGACCUGCACAGGCCGCAUUCAAGGGGCUGGUGCCGGGGCGCGCGUACAACAUCUCGGUGCAGACAGUGUCGGAGCCCGAGCUAUCGGCGCCCACCACGGCGCAGUACCGCACCGUGCCGCUGCGCCCGCGCAACGUCACGCUGGAUCCCCGGAUGCUGCGCGAGCGUUCCUUCCGCGUCUCCUGGUUGCCGCCCACCGACCACAGCGAGUUCGAGAAGUACCAAGUGUCGGUGGCGCUGGCGGAGACCGGUGGCAGUGGCGGGGGUGGUGGUGGGGGCGGUGGGGCUCGCAGGCUGGCGCCCGUGGUGCGCGCGCGCGACGAGCCCACCACCGCCGCCUUCGAGGGCCUGGAGCCCGGCGUGCACUACACCGUCACCGUCAAGACCAUGUCCGGCAAGGUCACCUCUUGGCCCGCAGCCGCGGACUUUACCCUCAAGCCGUUGCCGGUGCGCUCGCUGCGCUGGCACGAGACGGGCGAGGGGGAGGGGCGGACUGAGGGAGGGGGGAGGGGUAGUGGCGCACUGCUGGUUAGCUGGGAGCCCGCAGACGGCAGCACGCAGGACGAAUACAAGGUGUCGUACUACGAGACGGACCCCGCGCAAGGUGACAGCAAUUCGUUGAACACACCCAAUACCAACGUCACACUUGAGGGUCUAUUGCCGGGGAGGAAUUACACCAUUUCGGUGCAUGCGGUAUCUCGCGGCGUGGAGUCGAACGCCACGCGCGUGUGGGCGGCGCGCCGCCCGCUGGCACCCGAACUGCGCGCCGCGCCGCCAGCCCCCGCGCCGCCCGGCCACACGCCGUCCGCCCUGCACCUCGCCUGGCGCGCGCCGCCCGCCUCGCGCCAGAGCGCCUUCCGCCUGCGCUACCGCCGCACCGACCCCAAGGACGAAUACCGCACGCUGGAAACGAGCGACACAAACGCAACGCUAGAAGAUCUGUUCCCGGGCACAGUGUACGAGAUACAAAUAGCCGCGAUCAGUCACGGCUUGCAAAGCGAUUGGUACACCAUACUCGAACCAGUCCGUAAGUCUUGCACCAUAUAG